ACCAUAAUCGGUAAACAAAGAGAACUAUUUAUGAGAAAAGAAUAAAAAGCAAGUUGAAAAGCAUAGAAGGCGAUCAUACUGAAUUACUGAUAGUGAAAGAUAGGCUGGAGGAAAUUGUUUCUCGAAGAAUAAAAUAUAAAAACCUCCAAAUUAUUGUCUUCAUAAUACGAAAGAUCAAUUAUUCAGCUGAGGAAAGAAUAAAGUACUAAUGGGGCGUGUGGAUUACCUAGCGAUGAAGUCCGACGACGUCGACACGGUUGCUUUGGUCAACUCCGACGUGGAGGAGCUCAAGAUCGCUGCCAAGAAGCUCUUCAGCGAUGUCUCGAAGCUUGGUGGAUCAGCCUUUGGUGUUUCUUUCGUCAAAUGGAUGGCUUGCUUCGCUGCCAUUUACUUGUUGAUAUUGGAUCGUACAAAUUGGAGAAGCAAGAUGCUUACAUCACUCUUGAUACCAUACAUCUACCUUAGCCUUCCUGGUGUGAUUUUCAACUUCCUCAGUGGAGACGUUGGGAAAUGGAUUGCGUUCGUUGCAGUUGUGCUCAGACUUUUCUUCCCUAAGCAUUUCCCAGAUUGGCUAGAGAUGCCUGGUUCUCUGAUCCUUCUGCUAGUAGUGUCUCCACAUUUUCUAGCUCACCAUAUACGUGGAACCUGGAUUGGCUCUGUCAUCGGUCUUUUCAUAGGCUGUUACCUUCUUCAAGAACAUAUCCGAGUCUCAGGUGGGUUCAGGAAUUCGUUCACGCAGCCCCGUGGAGUAUCCAACACUCUAGGGAUCAUCCUUAUUCUUGUCUACCCUGUUUGGGCUCUAAUCGUUCGUGUCACAAAAUAGACAUUGCCUCUUCCAUAUCCCUCAAGUUGUAUAUGUCUUGUCUAAUAAAUUCCCUAUUGCUCUGCUUCU